ACAAAAACAACAAUGACAACAAAAGAAUCUACUUCGGAAAUUUUGCCCAACGAUAUGGACGCGGAGUUCGAAAACUUUUGGCAGAGAGUUAGUUGCUUUGCGGCCAACACCUUUCCUUUCGAGGAGCGGUGUGAAUUCGUUACAAAAGCCGUGGACUGUAAUGCGAGCACCAAUGUAGUUCCUUACAUGAGACUCCUGGCCUGCGAGCUGAAAUGCGUCAAUAGCUUUCAGCAAGUCAUCUUCAUCACGAUGUUCGUGGCGUUCUGCUUUGAGAUACUGGUCCUUUUGAUCUACGUGAUCAAUGUUUACUAUAGUCCUGCUCUAAAGGCCGUAUCGCGAUUCCUCCACAUGAACGAGCAUUUGGCGGGAGUUACUUUGAUGGCGUUUGGAAACAGUUCCGCCGAUUUGUUUUCCAACUUGGCAAGCGUUAAGCAAAGCGUACCCGUCUUCGCGAACAGUUUGUCUUCUGGCCUGUUUGGAAUUAUGGUUUCUGGUGGUCUAAUUUGCUAUAUUUCCCCCUUCAAGAUGAAUGCCUACGAAACAAUUCGCGAUAUUUUAUUUCUUAUUUUGGGAACGCUUUUGAUGGAUUUAUUUAUAAGAACAAACUACAUUGGCUUCGAGGUCGAGUUUCUCAUUGUAUUCAUGAUCUACAUAACCUACAUAUUAGUUAAUGUAGCAGACGUUUACCUUUUGCGAAAGACUUUACACAUAACUGCUGAUAAAAUCGGUAUCCUAAGCGAAAAAGACGAAACCAUUGAAAACCAAUUGGAACUCAAUGAGCUUCGAGCGAAAUACGACUACUAUUCACAAGACAGAGGGAUAGAAAUUUAUGAAAGAUCCACUAAAGUUUCGAUAACCAGAAUGAGGUUCACCACUAGGAGAAUGGUUAAAACACCUCGUAUAAGUGUGGACCGCAAGUUGACCAGAUAUAAAAUGUUCGACCUGACUCAGUCAAGAAACAAGGGAAUAUUUUGGGACUUCCUUCUGGCACUGAGGCCAAUUCAAUGUAACGCUUGGCGGAAGGCCGACCUUCUUAACCGGGUCUUACUGUUGCUCAGGGCUCCGGCGGUAUUACUCUGCACCCUCUACAUUCCGCUGGUCGACUACGAAAUGGACAAACAUGGCUGGAACAAGCUGCUAAAUUGCCUUCAUAUCCUGAUCAAUCCGGCCUUAUCCAUUUCGGUUUUUAUGUGUCUCAUAAAUGCCAAGGGAAACACUCUUUGGUACUAUGCCAUGAAGGACCAAGGCAUUUAUGGGGUUUAUUCCCUUGCAUUUACUGCGCCGUUAGCCUUUUUAAUGAUCAUACAGUCGCGGACUGACGUUCCUCCAGUUUAUCAUUGGGCGUUUACGAUUAUGAAUCUGACGGGCUCCAUGUUCAUAAUCUUCCUCUGCGCAACAGAAAUCGAUAAGGUACUCGAAGUGAUUGGAAAUCUUUUGAACAUAGAUGACGACUUCAUGGGCGCCACAGUGAAGGCUUUUACUGGGAAUCUGGGAACGCUUUUCACCAACACUGCAGUAGCUGUGCACGGAUAUCCGAAAAUGGCAUAUGCAUCCGCCAUCGGAGGACCUUUGUUCACUAUCAUCGCAACUGGGAACACUGUUAUCCACAUCAGAACUUUAGUUGGUGAAGAAGUAUCGAAUCAAAACCAGAUGGCAGAGUAUGGGUAUUUAGCUUUUGUAUUUCUUAACAUGGGACUAUUUUUAAUCCUGCUGUGGUCCACAACAUUGGGAGGGUUUGCACGUCGCUCAAUGGGAGUUUUUUCAUUAGUUACCUAUGGAAUCUAUUUGGUAUUCGCCGUCUUGGUUCACGUAAAUAUCAUUCAUUCAUUUUCGAAUGACGCUGAGGUGAAAGCUGCAUUUGGCGAUAUUUAGGUGAUGAUCUUGGAACGCACCUUACUGGGAUUUACAACAAAAGUUAAUAUUUCUGCGCAGAAUUUUCCCGGGAAAGGAAAGCACACAUGGACAUAAAAAAAAACCAAAGAAUAUCGAGCGUGCGUGGCUGAAGAAAAAUGAGCAAGAAUGGGAAAAGCGGUCGUUGACGUUCUUUGUUGACUGCGCAAUUCCUUUUUUCCACUUGCAGCUUUAAGGAUUUUCCACCAGGGAAUGUCAAUGACAGUUCACGAGCCAAAACAUUUCAAUUUUCCGCUGCAUCAUCUCAAAAGCGAGUUCGCCGACUCUUUUGGUAAGGAUCAAGCAAUUAAAAUCGAACACUCCAGCAGACACCACUGCGUAUGAGUCAUAUUUUCUAUAGCUGCAAGCAGUUCUUAAAUUUAAUUAUAUUUCAAUUUUCAAGUUGACGCCAAAACGGCAUUUAUAGGGUAAAGGAAAGAGGAAAAAAGAACUCAAAACACGGAGACACGUGUAUUGAAAACUCCCCGUCGUUUUUUUAUUAAAGCCCCCAGGAUACCCAAAGCUUAAAAUGUAUGAGUGCUUGUGUACUCCAUUAAGUCUAGAACAUAAACGAUAAAUGCGA